AGAGGAAAAUAAAGAUAUUUACAUCUCGCCGAUCCAUCGUCAAGAUUAAUGGAUUACGUACACGGAUUUGAUUGUAUUUUUGACGAGUAACUGCGCUGAAAUAAGCUGUAGAAUAAACCAAAGGAGUGAGAGUUUCGAGUAUCGAACAUGACGGUCCAUAACCUAUACAUAUUCUCGCGUAAUUGCACCCUCUUGUAUUACGCCGAAUGGAAUCGGCUGAAUAAGUCCGGAAUGACGAAGGAGGAGGAGGCUAAGCUGAUGUACGGAAUGCUGUUUUCGAUAAAAUCUUUCAUAAACAAAAUAUCGCCGCUGGAUCCUAAGGACGGUUUUCUCCACUACAAAACGAGCAAGUACACGCUGAACUAUUUGGAAACACCGUCAGGGUUGAAAUUCGUCUUGAAUACAGACAACUCGGCGCAGAACGUUAGGGGUCUGCUUCAGCAGCUCUACAGCCAGAUUUACGUCGAGUAUGUGGUUAAGAAUCCACUUUGUCAAUUGAACGAACCGAUACAAAGCGAACUCUUCAAGAACAAGCUUGACGAGUUGGUCAAGUCGUCGCCAUACUUUUGAGGAAUACCCUUUUCCGCAUCCCGCUUCGUUUAACGGUCCAGCAAUUCUUGCACUGGUGAUACUUGUUUAUACAAGUGUUUAACGUACGUUCGUCCAGUAGGUGGCGACGCCAUUCGGAUAUUUUCGAAGCA